GCGAAUUCAAAUUUAAUUGACAGAUCGUCUGGUAAUCAGCUGAGCUGGAAGGGGGACCUUAUACUUGGAACAAAAUCGAAUUCGAUUGUUCGUGGUUAAUUUCAAUAAAUACAUUGUUCUAUUUGUGCACAUAAAACCCAAAUAUAAAUGGAGGAGGCAACUGACGCCUUAAUCGAUACAACAACCACAAAACUAGGUACAUUAUCCAUUGAAGAUGUGCAAUCGAAACACCGCAAAGAACGGAAAGAACUUCAGGCUAAGAUCCAAGAAUUGAAGAAAAAUGCUCCAAAAUCCGACAAGAAGAAACGAAAAGAAGUACUAGAGGAAAUUGCAAAAUUGGAAGCUAAUCUGGAGGCACGGCAAGCGGAAGAACUGAAGAAAGCUGAAGCUGAAAUCAAUGCCAAUACAUGCGAGGAGAAGAGUCCCUUAGACAAUCAGGAGGCAUUAACGAAUAACUUGAAUAAUGGUGCAGCUGUGAGUGAUGAUGAAAACGGUGAGGAGACUUCGAAACAACCGCAACAACGCAUUUCUAAGGCACAAAAACGAAGAGAUAAAAAAUCUCGAGAAGCUCGCCAGAGGGAGGAGGACAUAAAGGCUGCCGCCGAAGAGGCAGUUUUUGCUCCCAAAGCCGUUGAAUAUCGUAAGCUGGUGGACAAGUUAAAAAAACGUCAAUUGGCUUUGCAAAAUAUUCCCUCAGAUGGCGAUUGUCUUUACAAUGCGGUGCGUCAUCAACUGAUACAACAUGGUUUGGGAUCGCACAAUGUCCGAGAGCUUCGUCACGAGACUGCCAAUUAUAUACAUGCCAACAAAGAAACCCUCUUACCAUACAUGACAAAUCCCCAGACCGGAGAUUUGCUUAACGACGAAGAAUUUGAAAAAUAUUGUAAUGAUGUACGCAACACCGCCGCAUGGGGUGGUCAGAUUGAAUUGAAGGCCCUAUCGUCAAUACUUAAAGUACCAAUUGAAGUUAUACAAGCUGACGGUUCACCGACAAUUCAGGGUGCCGAUGAAUUUGGUGGUUCACCGCUGAUAAUAACCUAUCAUCGUCAUAUGUAUAGUUUAGGCGAACAUUACAACUCCACCGUUGAAUUGACUGGCUCAGAGGGUGAACAGAAUGACGAAAAUUGAGGAUUGUCAUUAAAUGGAAUAGGCAGGGAGUCGUAUUACGCUCCAUUGUUUUCAAAGAGAUAUGUUGAAAAACUAUGAAACGACGGUCGAAAAAGGAACAGAACGUGAGGACCCACACUACUAACAAACGAUGAAUUUAAUGCAUUUAAUCACAAACAAAACCCAAAAACAA